UGUGUUCUGAAGAACAAACACAGACAUGGGUCCAAGGUCAUUCUAACCUUUUUCCUGGUGAAGGAGUGAUCGGCUUCUUCACAUCCUUUCACUAGAACCCUCUCUUCCCUAUCAUAAAUUCAGUCUUUCAGUUGUAUAAAACUAUUGGAACGAAAUACUAAAAUAAAAAAGUGAAAGAAAUGGAUGAAACGUAUGGGCUGAGGGAUCUAUCCCAUUACAUGAACGGAACGCCCAUCUUCCCUUCCAUAUCUCUGCAGCCACAGACUCAUCCUCCUCGUGACCUGCACUAUGCCAUGGUGAUGUUGGGAGGUGGUCCUGGUGGUGGUGGAAUGUCGUUUGGAUCUGAUUCAACGAUGGGUAUGGGGUCAACAACUUCAGGUCUUAGCGCAGACAGCGGUGGUGGUGGUGGUGGCGGCGGUGGUGUUAAUGGUUUAGACAUGGAAAUUGGUGGUUAUGGUGGAAGAUGGACAAGGGAAGAAACUCUAACACUUCUUGAGAUCCGAUCAGGACUUGAUUCUAUGUUUAAAGAAGCUAAUCACAAAGGCCCUGUAUGGGAUGAAGUUUCCAGGAUAAUGUCUGUGGAGCAUGGUUAUAGAAGAAGUGGGAAAAAAUGCUGUGAGAAAUUCGAAAACUUGUACAAGUAUUAUAAAAAGAUCAAAGGAGGAAAAGCUGGAAGACAAGACAAGAAGCAUUACCGAUUCUUUAGCCAACUAGAAGCUAUAUACGGGGAAACAAACGCUAGUACCAAUCAGGAUGAUCCUAACCUGCCUUCAGUCUCUAAUAAUUUACACCUUCCAAAUAAUCCAUCUGUGUUUGACCCUUCCUCAUGUUACUUCGUAAAUCACUAUGCACCAUUGGCUCCAUUCAAGGAAGAUAGUGAUUGUGUGGAGAAGACGGAUAACAAGAAGAGCCUUGGGAAGAAAUAUUGGAAAACCAUGAUAACAGACUUCAUCGAAACAAAAACACAGACACUUAUGGAGAAACAAGAUGCAUGGAUGGAGAAGAUGAUGAGGACGAUAGAUGAAAAGGAAAAGGAGAGAAUUUCAAAAGAGAAGCAAUGGAGGAAAGAAAACGCUGCAAGAUUAGAGAUAGAAAAGAAGUUUCGAGCAAAAGAACGAGCAUGGAUGGAGUCUCGAGAUUCAGCUUUAAUGGAAGCUUUGCACAAAUUAACAAAAAACAAAUCAUGUACCAUUAAGAGUUCGUCUCCCGAGCAUAGUAAUGAUCAAAAUCAUAAUGUCGCAGGUUGGGGAGAAAAUGAGAUUACACAUCUAAUACAACUAAGAACUAGCAUGGAAACAAGAUUUGAGCAAGGAGGGUGUGUGGAAGAGGUUCUCUGGGAGGAAAUUGCCUUAUCAAUGGCUUGUUUGGGUUACAACAGAAAUGCAUUGAUAUGCAAGACUAAGUGGGAUCACAUAAAUUUUCAAUUGAGAACCAAGAAACGAAAAGAGAAUACCAGAUGUUCAAAUUUUUAUUCUCACCACAAUAACAACAUUCAUCAAGCAGGAGAAAGAAGUGAUUCACAAAAUGAUCCACCGAAUGAUGGUGGCUAUAGGGCCUUAGUGAAUGACCCUGAGCUGAUCGGGAAUUAUUAUGGGAAUAAGAUCACCAAAGGAGAGAAAUAUUAGGCACUAUUGAGGGUGUGGUAAAAUAACUAAUGAAAGUAUGUUGGCAAGGAUUAAGUUUGGCUAUAUGUAAGGAAAUAUUUAAGAAAGAUCUGAUAGUGUUUCUUGAUUAUGUAAAAGAAAUGUCAUACUAUAUAUAUGCAUGCAUG